AUACCCCAAACUGGAGCAUUUUAUGCCAAAUGCUCUGCACCCACGCAGUGUGGCGUAUGUGUCCCGAUCUGGAGGAAUGUCCAACGAACUCAACAACAUCAUCUCUCGCUGCACCAAUGGAGUCUAUGAGGGUGUGGCCAUUGGAGGAGACAGGUAUCCUGGCACUACCUUCACAGACCAUAUUCUUCGCUAUCACGAUGACCCCAACGUGAAAAUGAUAGUAGUCUUGGGAGAGGUUGGUGGGAUAGAGGAGUACAAGAUUUGCGAUGCACUCAAGUCUGGUCGACUGUUCAAACCCAUCGUUGCCUGGUGCAUUGGUACAUGCGCCAAACUGUUCACCUCAGAGGUUCAGUUUGGCCACGCCGGAGCCUGUGCUAAUGCUGAGAGAGAGACCGCCGAUGCCAAGAACCAGGUACUGUAUAGGCCAAUCACUGUGUGCAAUGGUACUCUCAGUUAUAGUAUGGUUAUAAAGGGAUGGUCAUGGUUCCUAGCAUCAUAGAUGUAUAUUAUACUUUUCUCUUGUCAGGCACUGACUGAAGCUGGUGCAUAUGUCCCUGAGAGUUUUGAUACACUCGGCCUGGUCAUCAGUGAGGUGUACGAGCAGCUGGUGAGUGCAGGGGUGAUAGUCCCUCAGCCAGAGAAGGAGCCUCCCACGGUGCCCAUGGACUACAAGUGGGCACAGGAGCUGGGACUCAUCCGCAAACCCUCCUCCUUCAUGACCAGCAUCUGCGACGAGAGGGGAGAGGAGCUGCUGUACGCUGGGAUGCCCAUCUCUGACGUCUUCAAGGAAAACAUUGGGAUUGGAGGUGUUCUCAGUCUGUUAUGGUUCCAGAGAAGACUGCCAGACUAUGCGUGCAAGUUCCUGGAGAUGUGUCUGAUGGUGACGGCAGACCACGGACCUGCAGUCUCUGGGGCCCAUAACACCAUUGUCACUGCCAGGGCUGGGAAAGACCUAGUCUCCUGCCUUACCUCCGGACUCCUCACCAUUUUCUCUGGAGCGUAUGACUCUGGUCUCAUUCCCAUGGAGUUUGUCAACAGCAUGCGGAAACAGCACAAACUCAUCCUUGGCAUUGGCCACAGAGUCAAGUCGCUCGAAAAUCCCGACAUGAGAGUGGUGAUCAUCAAGGACUUUGUUCAGUCAAACUUCCCAGCCACACCCCUACUCAGCUAUGCCUUGGAGGUCGAGAAGAUCACCACUUCCAAGGUAGGCUCCUACAUAAUAAUGGCAGCUGUGCAAAUCCAUGUGUGGCUUGUUCAAGAACUUGUUUAGAUCUGGGGUUAAAGAGAAUGGUGAGAGCUAAAUUUAGAAAGAUCAAGUGCAAAAUGCGAUUACGUUUCCGUUUUCUAAAUUAAGCCCUCAUAUUUUACUGCCACGUUCCCUUUAAGGCGUCGUGUCUUUUCUUGUUGAUUGCAGAAACCCAACCUCAUUCUGAAUGUUGACGGAGUGAUUGCUGUCUCGUUUGUGGAUCUAUUGAGACACAGUGGAGCAUUUUCUGACGAGGAAGCUGAGGAGUAUAUAGAGAUUGGAGCAUUGAAUGGACUGUUUGUACUAGGACGAAGUAUGGGGUUCAUUGGUCACUAUUUGGACCAGAAGAGACUAAAGCAAGGUCUGUACCGCCAUCCUUGGGACGACAUCUCUUAUCUCUCUCCUGACGUGGCCAUGUGAUCCAGUUUCACAUGCACACAGACGAUAGUAAAAGACAAUACAAACCCUAUGCACGAGUGUAUUAUUUAUGCUUCUGUGGAUUAUGUUCUGCAGUAAUUACACUGACUGCUCUUGCAGGAGAUUUUAAAUUAUAAUAUAGCCCAUGCCUGAAAUUGCCCAACCACAAGUGCAUGCGCAUGCGCUCUUCUCUAAUAAUUUCAAUUUGUCGCCUUUUUAAAAAAUCAACCCAGUGUAGCACUGAACCCGAUCAUAUCGCUAUUUACCUGAUUUUGUGCGCGCGGUGGCAGAAAACGUGGUAACAGACAGAAUGACAGACUGACAGACUGACACACUUACGAAACAACUACUGUAACCCUCGCUGCGCAUGCGCGCCGAGGGUUAAUGAAAAGCACUGAAGUGCAAACCCUCGGCGCCUUGUGACGCGCACGCGUAAGUAAACGCAUGCGCGGUAUCACUAAUUGAUGGGCUGGGUUUAUUCGUGGUCUCUUACCAGCUCGCGCAGAGUCUGACACGGGCUAACUACACUACUAGAUAGCAUGCGAGAGGCGAUACACGCCCUGCGUUGCAUCUUCUGGUGCCUCCGGGGUACGCAGAGCACGGGGAUCGAUCAGACCGUGUGUAGCGUAUGUGUCCCGAUCUGGUGGCAUGUCCAACGAACUCAGCAACAUCAUCUCUCGCUGCACCAAUGGAGUCUAUGAGGGUGUGGCCAUUGGAGGAGACAGGUAUCCUGGCACUACCUUCACGGACCAUAUUCUUCGCUAUCACGAUGACCCCAACGUGAAAAUGAUAGUAAUCUUGGGAGAGGUUGGUGGGAUAGAGGAGUACAAGAUUUGCAAUGCACUCAAGUCUGGUCGACUGUUCAAACCCAUCGUUGCCUGGUGCAUUGGUACAUGCGCCAAACUGUUCACCUCAGAGGUUCAGUUUGGCCACGCCGGAGCCUGUGCUAAUGCUGAGAGGGAGACCGCCGAUGCCAAGAACCAGACACUGACUGAAGCUGGUGCAUAUGUCCCUGAGAGUUUUGAUACACUCGGCCUGGUCAUCAGUGAGGUGUACGAGCAGCUGGUGAGUGCAGGGGUGAUAGUCCCUCAGCCAGAGAAGGAGCCUCCCACGGUGCCCAUGGACUACAAGUGGGCACAGGAGCUGGGACUCAUCCGCAAACCCUCCUCCUUCAUGACCAGCAUCUGCGACGAGAGGGGAGAGGAGCUGCUGUACGCUGGGAUGCCCAUCUCUGACGUCUUCAAGGAAAACAUUGGGAUUGGAGGUGUUCUCAGUCUGUUAUGGUUCCAGAGAAGACUGCCAGACUAUGCGUGCAAGUUCCUGGAGAUGUGUCUGAUGGUGACGGCAGACCACGGACCUGCAGUCUCUGGGGCCCAUAACACCAUUGUCACUGCCAGGGCUGGGAAAGACCUCGUCUCCUGCCUUACCUCCGGACUCCUCACCAUUGGGGACAGGUUUGGAGGUGCACUGGAUGGAGCAGCUCGCCAGUUCUCUGGAGCGUAUGACUCUGGUCUCAUUCCCAUGGAGUUUGUCAACAGCAUGCGGAAACAGCACAAACUCAUCCUUGGCAUUGGCCACAGAGUCAAGUCGCUCGAAAAUCCCGACAUGAGAGUGGUGAUCAUCAAGGACUUUGUUCAGUCAAACUUCUCAGCCACGCCCCUACUCAGCUAUGCCUUGGAGGUCGAGAAGAUCACCACUUCCAAGAAACCCAACCUCAUUCUGAAUGUUGACGGAGUGAUUGCUGUCUCGUUUGUGGAUCUAUUGAGACACAGUGGAGCAUUUUCUGACGAGGAAGCUGAGGAGUAUAUAGAGAUUGGAGCAUUGAAUGGACUGUUUGUACUAGGACGAAGUAUGGGGUUCAUUGGUCACUAUUUGGACCAGAAGAGACUAAAGCAAGGUCUGUACCGCCAUCCUUGGGACGACAUCUCUUAUCUCUCUCCUGACGUGGCCAUGUGAUCCAGUUUCACAUGCACACAGACGAUAGUAAAAUACAAUACAAACCCUAUGCACGAGUGUAUUAUUGUAUAAUAGUGUCUUAUUUAUGCUUCUGUGGAUUAUGUUCUGCAGUAAUUACACUGACUGCUCUUGCAGGAGAUUUUU